CGCCGCCCUCGCCUGUCUCCAGAGCCCCGGGACGAGGAGACCCCCCGAGAGCAGCCAGACACCCCGAGACCCUCGCGCGCAGCCAUGAGCCCCGCGCCCCGCUGGUGUUCGGAGAGGGGCGGGACCUGGAGCGAGGCUGACCCGUGACCCACCAUGUCCACCCCCACCAAGAAAUCCCCAGAUACUCCCUUGCCUGGAGAUGAUCCGCCUUCACCUAGCGCCCCCUCUUCUUCACCCGUUGUAAAGGAGGAGGAAGGGCCAGAGCCGGUGCCUGGGGGUCCGGACCCCGAUGUUCCAGGCACAGAUGGGGCCAGCUCUGCCUCCAGCAUGGCCGUUGCAGAACCCUGCGACGAGGAGCCGGAACGCAAGCGCAAGAAGGGCCCGGCCCCCAAGAUGCUGGGCCACGAGCUGUGCCGCGUGUGCGGGGACAAGGCCUCCGGCUUCCACUACAAUGUGCUGAGCUGCGAAGGCUGCAAGGGAUUCUUUCGGCGCAGCGUGGUGCGCGGCGGGGCCGGCCGCUAUACCUGCCGUGGGGGUGGCACCUGCCAGAUGGACGCCUUCAUGCGGCGCAAGUGCCAGCAGUGUCGCCUGCGCAAAUGCAAGGAGGCCGGCAUGAAGGAGCAGUGCGUUCUCUCAGAAGAACAGAUCCGCAAGAAGAAGAUCCGAAGGCAGGAGCAGCAGGCACAGUCCCCCGGGGUCCCAGGGGCCAGUGGCAGCGGCGGUGGCAGCACCAGCAGUAGCAACAGCACCAGCAGCAGCACCAGCAGCAGCGUUGGGGGUGGAUCCACCUCCGUGCCCGGAGCCUCCCCUGGCGGGUCCGAGGGCAGCAGCCAGGGCUCGGGGGAAGGCGAGGGGGUGCAGUUAACCGCUGCCCAGGAACUGAUGAUCCAACAGCUCGUGGCCGCCCAGCUGCAGUGUAACAAGCGCUCCUUCUCCGACCAGCCCAAAGUCACGCCCUGGCCACUGGGUGCAGACCCCCAGUCCCGUGAUGCCCGGCAACAGCGCUUCGCCCACUUUACGGAACUCGCCAUCAUCUCAGUCCAGGAGAUAGUGGAUUUCGCCAAGCAGGUGCCCGGGUUCCUGCAGCUGGGCCGUGAGGACCAGAUCGCCCUCCUCAAGGCGUCCACCAUUGAAAUCAUGCUGCUGGAGACCGCCAGGCGCUACAACCAUGAGACAGAGUGCAUCACCUUCCUGAAGGACUUCACCUACAGCAAGGAUGACUUCCACCGUGCAGGCCUGCAGGUGGAAUUCAUCAACCCCAUCUUUGAGUUCUCGCGGGCCAUGCGGCGCCUGGGCCUGGACGACGCCGAGUACGCGCUGCUCAUCGCCAUCAAUAUCUUCUCGGCCGACCGGCCCAAUGUGCAGGACCCUGGACGUGUGGAAGCGCUGCAGCAGCCCUAUGUGGAGGCGCUGCUGUCCUACACGCGCAUCAAGCGGCCCCAGGACCAACUGCGUUUCCCGCGCAUGCUGAUGAAGCUCGUGAGCCUUCGCACGCUCAGCUCCGUCCACUCCGAGCAGGUCUUCGCCCUGCGGCUCCAGGACAAGAAGCUGCCGCCGCUGCUCUCCGAGAUCUGGGACGUGCACGAGUGAGGGUGGGCAGGCAGGGACCCCGCCACCCACCCACCCACCCUCUUUCCCACGGACACUGCAGCCCAGGCCUCCUGAGACGCGGGAAGGGGCCUGAGCAGGCCCUGGUAGGCGGGUGGCUCUAAGGAGGAGCACCCCCAGCCGGGGUCCAGGAGGCGCCCCCUCCUGCCCACUAAGUCUUCCUGGAAAGGGUGAAUGGCUCCUAGGACCCCGAGUUCUGGCCUUGCCUAGCAACCCCAGCUGCCUGCCCUCCCGCCAGCCCAGCUUACACCUCCAACCUCCGCGCAUUGCACCUUGAGCAGAUGGAGGGGCUGGCCCCUGGCUCUCCCCUACAGCCCGAGAGACCACAGGCCCCCCUCUCCUUCUGCACCUUUUAUUUAAUAAAAACUAAAAGGAAAAAAAAAAUAA